AUGGCCAAAUCAAAAACAAAGAAAGCCGCAGCUGCCAAAGCCGCAGCCAUCAAAGCCGCCGAAGCCGCAGCCAUCGAAGCCGCCGAAGCCGCAGCCAUCGAAGCCGCAACCAAAGGAUGUUUUGUGGAUGGGAACAAAGUUAGCGUGCCUCUAUUCACCACAGCGCUCCAGAAACAAAAUAUCGUCACUCGCCACAAGCUGAAGCGGAUAAUUGAGACCACAGACUAUCUUUCACUGGAGAACGGCAACGCGGUGGUACUCUCAAGGAGCAUAUUCACAGCAAAGGCGAUGCACCUGCCACGGCCUCCUCUUCAAAACAUGGCUACAGAGCCUUCCCAAAAUACAGCAGCUCCUCCUCCGGCCGUCAACCCUGUUCAAGUCACAAACGCCACAAAACCAGUUCCGCCCCCCCAAAAUACAGCAGCUCCUCCUCCGGCCGUCAACCCUGUUCAGGUCACAAACGCCACAAAGCCAGCUCCGCCCCCCAUCGUAUACCUCGCGGCUCGCAAGAUUAAAAACACCACAACACCAGUUCCUUCUCUGUCGGUCGACUGCGACACGAUGGCGAUUAUGGAUGUUCUCGGUGAUAUUGCAACCAGGCAUCUCGACUUGGAAGAAAUCGCAUUGACGGAUAUUUUUCUCGAUGUGGGAUCCAAGAUGUCCGUCAAGAUCAAUGGAGUGUGCGUUCAGUUCGACUACGUAAUCGCGCAUUCCGACAUAUCUACGAUAUUGGAACAACUGCCAGGAGGUGGACCCGAUUUUAAACAUAGCAACCGUGUGAUCUUCGGGAGGACUCUUCAUCGUUUAGCGGCAGUGACAUAUGACGGGUCCAUCGCGGGCAUCACCAUCAGAGUCGGUCGGAGUGUGUCAGGACUCCUGCCCGUGUUCGAGGGACUCGUCGAACAGAAGAACGUGCUUCUGUGUGGUUCCCCUAACGUUGGGAAAACGACGACUCUUCGCGAGAUAUGCAAGUACCUCUCCCGCGGCAAGUGUCUGUGCUUGAUCGACACGUCCGGCGAGGUGUGCGGAGAAACAGGAACAGGAGACAGGGGCCACAUUGUGGGCACCUCACGAGUCUUCCGGCCAGUAGAUCCCGCCAAACAGUAUACGACUCUGCUCGACUGUGUAAGGAACCAUUCGCUUGACGUCAUUGCAAUCGAUGAGCUGAACACAAAGGAAGAGGUGGAAGUAUGUCAGACUAUCGCACUGAGGUCCAUUCAGAUGGUUGCCUCUGUCCACGGAAACAUCCAGGACCUCGUGUUCAACUCAAUGCUGAACAAGGCGCUCGGAGGGUCGACAAAUGCUCUCGUUUCGGAUCGGGUAGCGAUUGACGGAAGAAAGGUUGUCAUGCAGCGUACUACACGUCCAAUUUUCGACGUAGUGAUUGAUACCACGAGGACUUCACACGGGUUCGAGUAUUCAUUUAUCGAAGACGUCGCCAACAAUGUCAGCCGCAUCAUGCAGGGGAAACCGAUCCAUAUCCGCAGAAGAAGAAUGGUCGGCAAGGAAUUGUUAGAGUCUAAGGAGGAGGUCUUGUAUCCUUGUGAGUGA